ACCAAAAGCCCACCGGAACCUCUUGCAUCUGGUCAACCCCACGACCUUGUCUACAUCCCGAGCGCCCACCAUCUCCACCCUCGCGUGAGACGACCGCCGACUCCCUCCCGUGCGCCGCCGACCGCCGCCUCCCUCCCCCGUGCCACCGGACACCGGCUCCCUCCCCCGCGCCGCCGGACACCGCCUCCCUCCCCCGCCCUGCCGGAUGGCUCCUCCCCCCCCCCCGCGCCGCCGGAUGCCGCCUUCCUCCCCCGCAAAGCCGGAUGACGCCUCCCUUCCCCAUGUCGCCGGUCGCCGUCUCCUUUCCUUGCCCCGCCGGACGCUGCCUCCUUCCCAGAUCCCGCCGCCGCCCGCAACACAACCGGCACCAUGGAUGUCGCCCUGCACCAGAUUCAUGAGCUGCUUUCUCUCCACCGCCGCGUACAUGCAGUUCAAUGCUGCAACCAUAGGCUGUUCAAUCUCUCCAUCGUGGACACGCCCCUCCACCUCCUGGUUGCCACUCAUCCCUGUGUGGCCAGGCCGUUUGGGUUUGCCGCCGCUGCGAUCAGCAGUCCAACCCGGCGGCCCCCGGCCGUUCACCGUCGCAGCUCCUAGGCCGACUGUGUUGAGCCACCUUCCGCCGCACCUUGGGCUCCCCUAUGCGUCCCCUACCCCAGCAGGAAAAUAUGGCGGCCUUCUGAUGAGGACAUCAAUACCAUUGUUACACCCACAACCCCUGCUGCUAUACAUACUAGACCAAUUACUAGAGCUCGCGCACGCCAAUUCAAUUAUCAGGUACUUUCGUUUCUUGGUAACGAUUAUAAUGUUCAUGAGAAUAUGAUGUUGCCUAAAUUGGAUACAUUUGUUCUGCUUACAAAUGAAGGGCCUAGCUUGGACAAGAAAGAUGAACCUUGGAGCAAGUUCAAGCAUGGAGAUGAUGGCAUGCGCAAGGGGAUCAAGAACAGAGU